UGAGUUUUACAGCUUGAAUGGCUCGGAAUCAGAAUGCACGACAGUUUGUGACUCGUUCCAGCGAGUGAACGUCGACUCCGCUAUCGCUCUCAACGGGUACCCGGGUUGUGCAACGACAGUGGACAGUGCAGUGUUUGUGUUGUGUUUUCGCGGACACUCUCAGCUCCGCCCUGGAAAACAUGCGAUGAUGCGCGGAGCUUCGUGGUGUUUCGCGUUUCUCUGCCUCAUCUCACUCGAUUGGCCCUCAGCUCUUGCCAAUGUUUCAAUUAGUCCCGACGUUGCCGAACUUACCAUCGCCUCCGGUGCCGACAUUUCUAUAAGAUGUGAGAGCAACAAUAACGUGACUUGGGAGUAUCCCGAAUACGAAGAAACAGAUGAAAGUUCUUCUAGCAUUGAAAUCAAAGAGAGCCAAGAAAAUGGGAAAAUUGUCUCAGUACUGUUCCUGCAUCGAGCGUCCUAUCUUGACACAGGUUUCUUCAGCUGCAAGAAUAAACAUGAUCUAAAGCAAGAGGCCAAAAUCUACAUUUAUGUCAGAGAUAGUGAAAAACUCCUUGCUGUGAGUGAUACUUUAGUAUUCCUAACGCAAAACGAGUAUGGUGCGGUUGUUAUUCCGUGUCGACCAACAUCGCCAGAUGUCAACGUGUCUCUUCUCAAAGAUGGCGAGGAGUUGCCAGAAGCAAAGUUUGACCCGUACAUUGGGUUCACAAUAGAUAAUCCAACGGUUCGCGACUCAGGUAUUGUUAGUUGUGAAGCAUCGCGCAAGAACGUUAGCUCUAGUCAAAUCUUUAACAUUCGUAUCGAUACUCACACAGAUACUGUUCCAAAGCCUUUUAUCAAUUCAACCAAAGCUAGUCAUAUUGUAAUUGGUCAUGAUGUAGAGCUCGAUUGCUCGGUCACAGUAGGAAUUGAUGUUCGCAUCUAUGUCGACUGGAUCCUACCUAGAGAUGAAUUACUCAACGAUAGCCGUGUGAAAAUUGGAGAAGACUCUACCAAGAAAGUGGAGAUUAAUGGUGUCCAUUCAAUUGUUGGACACAAAUCAUUGGUAAUAAAAAAUGUUACGGAAGCUGACCAGGGUGUUUACAUAUGCUCGGUCACUGACCACUCCAGCAAGAACAGCAAAUCAGAAUUCAUUUUGGAGACACAUUCGGCUGAUGAUACCUACCUGAAUCUGACACUGCAAGGAGAUGUCCAUGAAAUCAUUCAGCCUGCAGGAACACAAAGCAUUCAGUGGAUUGUGCUUGUUGCCGCUCAUCCAGAGCCAGUCCUAACAUGGUUCAACCCUGAAGGUAAAGAAAUCAUGUUAGGUUCCUCAAGCUCAGGAAAGUACAGUGUGAUGUCAGAUUUAUUCACCACGAAAUUGGUCAUUAAAAACUUGGCGGUCCAUGACUCAGGCACUUACAGUCUUGUUGCCGAUAACAGUGCUCAUAAGCGGCAGCUGAAUGUAUCUUUGUUUGUCCAAGACAGGCCAAGUGUCAAAUUGUACAAUGAGCAAGCUUACUAUCUUGCAGGCACUUCACGCCGCAUCGAAUGUGCCACCAUCGCUUACCCUCUUCCUCGAAUCACGUGGACCAUGAGCAGCUGUUCCUCUUACCCUAACUGCAGUGAUGAAGCGUAUCCUCUUCCUUCAUCAGAAUAUACGGAUACUGUGAUGAGUAGUAUUGAUCUCAAAUCUCAGAUCAUUUUUGGAGCUAAUGACACUACAAAGUUUACAUGUGAAGCCUGCAAUAGUUUUGGAUGCGAAAACGACACUUCAAUUUUUGUCGUGUCAGAUGUUGAAAACGGUUUUGCUGUUUGGGGACCGGAUUUGAUUGUUGAAAAAGAUGAUGUGGUCUUGGGAUGUGGUGCCAGCAAAUAUGACUACCUCCCCGAAAUCAGUUGGAUGUUUACAAUGUUCGACGAGUCGGGUUGGUCAACUCCCAUGCCUGUCUCUCAGUCUCCCAAAUAUAGAUUGACCCACGGGAAAAGCAGUUUCUCUUUUAUGCUGGAGUUGACGAUAAAAAACGUGAGCCAUAGUGAUACUGGAGCUUACACCUGCGUGAUCAACUCACGGCCUGGAACAGCGGGCAUUGAUCAAGAGAGUACUUUUACUGUUGAUGUCAAAUCUUUAUCUGCUCCCAUGUUAAUCAUCAACAAAAGUAACAUGAAUGACAGUGCAUGGACUCUAGGAACAGGCCAUCAGAUCAAAUGGAAUUGUUUCAUAGACGCAACUCCGCCGCCAACAAUUAUAUGGUAUAAGGAUGGUGAAAUACUACAAUUACCAAAGAAUGGAUCCAGAAUAGAGCUCCUAAACAAUAAUCAGACUUUGUUGAUCAAGUAUGCUGCUCUGGGAGAUGAUGGAAAGUACACUUGUUUUGCAACGAACAAAGCUGGCAAAUAUGCUGUCACAAAUACACUAAUUCUCGCAGACAAACCAGAAGAACAUGACCACUUGCAUCUCAUCAUCUAUGCUGGUGUGGUCCUGCUCUUGGCGUUCUUUGUUGUUUGCUGGCUUGCUUGCAAAGUUCAUAAGGAAAAGAAAUUGCGGCGGGAGUUGACAGCAGCUGGACUAAUCAAUUUUGAAGAGGGAGCAAUUGAAAGUUUAAACCCGGAGCUUGGAGUUCAAGAGCAAGCUGAUAUGCUUCCAUACUAUAAAAAAUGGGAGUUUCCACGUGAUAAAUUGAAGUUAGGAAAACAACUAGGCUCUGGUGCAUUUGGAGUAGUUUUGAUGGCUGAUGCUGAUGGAAUUAUCGAAGAGGGUGUCAAAACAACGGUGGCUGUCAAGAUGGUCAAAGGCAGCAUUGACUUUUCUGCCGUGAAAGCCUUAGCAUCUGAGCUGAAAAUCAUGAUUCAUCUUGGCAAACAUUUAAAUGUUGUCAAUCUCCUUGGAGCUUGCACAAGGAACCUGAAUAAACGUGAACUUCUAGUCAUAGUUGAAUAUUGUAAACAUGGAAGUCUUCAUAACUAUUUGCUGCAGCAUAGACAGUAUUUUAUUAAUUUAAUCAAUCCAGCCAGUGGGAAACUGGACAGCUCUUUCAUGCACAGUAUGCCAAAAUACUGGGAUCUACCCAAUCCAAACUAUAGCGGAAGGCGAAACAGCAGCAUCCGAAGCAGUCAACGCAAUAGUAAUUAUUAUACAAACUCUGCCUCAGCCUCUGUCAAUACUCAAACUACCAUGCUUUUCGAUUCUGGCACACCAAUUGGUGAAGAUGGGUAUCUCCAGCCAAUCGGCAAUCCAACUCAGGUGUCAAACACAAAUGAUAAACAGCCAUCAUACAUCAACUCAACAGAUUUAGUUUGUUGGUGUUUCCAAGUUGCUAGGGGAAUGGAAUAUCUAGCAAGUAGAAAGGUGUUGCAUGGAGACUUAGCUGUGAGGAACAUACUGCUUGCAGAUGAUAAUAUUGUAAAAAUUUGUGACUUCGGCCUAUCAAAAAGCAUGUACAAUGCUGAUAAUUAUCUAAAGAAAGGAGCCGGAAAACUUCCGGUCAAAUGGAUGGCUCCAGAAUCAAUACGCGACCGAAUAUUCUCAACUCAGUCCGAUGUUUGGUCUUUCGGAAUCGUUAUUUGGGAAAUGUUUACUCUUGCCAAAACUCCUUACCCAGGUGUAGAUAGUGUAGAUGUAUUAUUAAAUAAAUUGGAGGAUGGUUACCGAUUAGAACAACCUACCUAUGCACCAAAUGACAUUUAUUCAUUAAUGUUAGAAUGUUGGGAGGCAAAACCAUCAUCUCGUCCUUCUUUUACUGCAUUAGCAGAGAAGUUUGGAAACCUGUUAGAAGAUAGAGUUCGAUCUCAUUAUACAAAUUUGAAUGAAAUUUAUCAAAGGAUAAAUAGUGAAGAAAUCAGCAGCCAUGGAGCAGACUAUUUAGCAAUGAUGAGCUCGCCAAGCUAUGUAAAUACAUGCCCUGAAAAUGAAAACCCUGGAGGAUACCUAAGCAUGAGCGGGCCCAGCACUAGUCCAGAUGAAAGGGACAGCAAUGGUAUCGAACUAAAACCAAUGUUGCCCAGACAGCCACAGUCAGCCAGUGAUCUCAUAACAAAGGGGGGUGCUUCCUGUGUUAAUCUAGACCAGCAGCGUUAUGUUAAUUUAGUUGGUCAGGAAGUAAACAGUCUCCAAGGGAAAACUAUUAUGUGAAUCAACCCACAAUGAUUUCAGGGCAUUUCAAUCCAUCAUAUUUGCUUCUACCGCAGUCCCCUCCACCAACGUAUGUCAAUACUUGAUCGUUAUUUCUUCGAAAGCCUUUUUUUUUACCAAACUCAUCACGCUGUAUCAUCACUCCCAAGCUUUUAUUGUAAAAUUUGUGUUCAUCUGUUCUUUAUCUUGUUGAAUUUUAUAUUUUAAUAGUUUUUGUAGAAUCGUUUUUCCUGUUUAUUUAAAAGAACUUCAGAAAAUUAUUUCAAGUUCGCACUCCAUCUCAGUAAGUUUUGUUCCUUUGUCAGUUAACUUCUGCUGGAAACUUUUUUUUUUUUCAACAAAAUCUUUUUGCGUCUAAAAAGUAAAAGUAAAUGUGAAAGUUGAACGAAUAGUCAAUGUCCUAAUACAAGCAAAUAAAAAUUAAUGAUUGAUCAAUAUUAUUUUAAGACAAAGCGAUUUCAGGACAAAAACAAAGUGAGUCUGUAUCACAAAGACCACAACUACGAAUCUUGAUCCUAAUGCACAGACCUUGGUAGGAAGUUUUACAAAAGUGCAUAUUGUGUAGAAACCAAGUAGGCUUUUUCCCCCUCUUUGAAAUUUUAUCCAUCACGGAUAAAUGCUGUGAUUUUGUUUGUUUGUUUAUAGUUUUAUUUGUUUAGUUUUAGGACUAUGUAAGUAUAAACAUAGUGUAAUGGUUCAUGGUUCAUGUUUUUCAUGUUCAUGUGUAAUCAUUCAUGGAACUGCAUUCUGCAGAGAGGGUUCUCCUCUUCCUGAAAGAUAGUCACAUACUUUGCCCAACCGGAAUUCAACGAUCCUGGAAAGAAUCAAUGAUAGGAAUCCAAAAUGUAUAAUUUACCCAUUAAAGAAGAGCAACAAAGCUACACUCAGCUAUAACUUCAUACUUAUCCAGCUCAAAAUUAUCAUUACGCUUCCCCCUCCUGUUUUAUCAAAUCUGAUCUCAAUAAGGGCCCUUUCGGGAAGUCUGAGGGUCUCAAAAUUUGUUAAAACUACUGAUGUCUAAGAAGUCGCGCAAUCAAGGCAGCCUUGUCUUUCAUGUUUUUUGGCCCUUUAUUUUUUGACUCAUGUUUGCUCAUCAAAUCCCUCUAAACCAGAAUUAGAUACAUUUUCUGAAUACUCUAAGGACUGAUUUUGGAAUGUUUUUCAAUCAGAGUCAAAAGAUGUAACUGCUUGUCAGUCUUUUUUGAGAAAUUGAGGGAAAAUUUUGUGUUUGUCACUGCCUGCAAUUCAGUUUGCAAAUUUUGGAACUUAUUAUUUUUUCAUCAGAUUUGGAAAAGCAUACAAAAGUUUUUGCUCUUGUACUUAUUUUAUCAAGGAUACCAAGACAGGAUUUUAACUGUGUGAUUUCAACUUUCAAAACCUUUUUUUUACUGCAGGUAAAGGUUGAUGCUAGUUGUUAAUUCUUUCCUGUUAAAUGCCCAGAUGGCCAGUGUUGUCGACCCUAAAAAUCAUUCUUGUCAUUUUUUAGUAUUCAAUUUUAAGUACUCAAGUCCGUACCAUGGAAGCAACUCAUUGCAUUACUACAUGCUCCUUAAUUUGCCUUUUUAUUUGUACUAUUACUAAGAAUAUUUUUAAAAUGCUUUAGAUUUUUCGAGGAAGAUUUUUAGUCAACUAAUUUAGCAUAAUUUCACCUGAAAAUAAACCUUAAAGGUACCUAAUAACGAUCGUAAUUCGUAAUCAGAUUUUUUCUGUUUUUUUAAGCACAAAGCGCUUAAAAAAACCCUGUAAAUUAGAGUGCAGAAAUAUGUACAGAUUUUGUCCCUAUUCGUAGGAGCUGUUUAUUGUGCCUAUAAUAUUUUAAUAAUUCAGUAUUUCUUGCUCUUACUUUUUUUCCAUUCAUCUACAAAAAUAUGCAAGACUAUGCUGAAUGAAUGAAUUAGCAUUCAUUAAUUUUAUACAAGGGGAAAUGCAGUUUAUGAUUCCAGUUUCUUGCUUUCGUGAAAGAAUCCUUGUCUUGCCAUAAAAGGUUGAAGCAGUAAGCAUGAUGUUAUAGCACUAGCCAUAUCCAUAUUGUUGGUCAGAAUGCUGUAGAAAAUGAAAUUAGGUUAUCAUUUUGUAAUCAAAGAAAAAUCUCAACAUGUGCCUCCAUAUUGUCUAUGUUGCUACCAAAAAUUCCUUAUUUUUACUGAACAGUUGACAACCAGUAAUAAGAAUGAAAUCUCUAGUUCAUGUUUUGAUACAUAGUACCUAAUUUCCAUAUUCAUGUGGCUGAGUAAACUAAGAAACCUAAACAUAUUUUUCCACCUAUGAGCCUCUUAUUUUUGUACAUUCGGCAAAUUCUGCUGAAGACUCUUAUUUUUCUAAAAAUCACUCAGUACAAGUACUAUUUAUGAAUUUGUAAAAUUUACUCUGUUAAAAUUAUUGUUAUAUUAUGAGAUUUUUUACCUUGCCUUUCCUCAAAUUGUAAAUAUUUUUUACAUGUAUUCAAAAUAUAGAGCUCUUUUGUAUAAAA